AUGGGGUCGUCCAUGUGUGUGCUUUUGAAACUUCUUUUGUUCCAUCUUGUGGUGGCGGCUAGCGCUUUUUCCUCGUUAAAACCAUAUUAUUCUUGCCAUGAUGAAGAGAGGGCCGCCUUGCUUCAAUUCAAGCAGGGCUUUGUUAUUGACGAAUCUGCUUCCGGUGAUGGUGCUUAUCCAAAGGUUUCAACAUGGAACCCAGCUGAAGGAGGAACUAGCAACUGCUGUGCAUGGAGCGGCGUCCAAUGUGAUAAGAGGACGGGUCAUGUGAUCAGCCUUGAUCUUAGUAGCAGUUGUCUCUAUGGCUCUAUCAACUCCAGCAGUAGCCUCUUCCGUCUUGUUCAUCUCCAGAGGCUCAACCUUGCUGACAAUAACUUCAAUUACUCUCAAAUUCCUACUACCAUUGGGAACUUUCCACAGCUGACGUACCUCAACCUCUCUGCCUCUGUCUUUUUUGGUCAAGUCCCAUCCCAGCUUUCACAGUUGUCCAAGUUGUCAUCCCUUGAUCUAUCUCUCAAUCUGGAUCCCUUUCUUGAUGAAGGAUUGUUGAGUAUUAGAGAAUCCGAUUUGAGAAGCCUCAUUAGAAACUUAACCACUCUAGAACAGCUUCACCUCAAUUUCAUAAACAUAUCUUCAACAAUACCCGAUUCUAUAGCAAAUUUAUCAUUUUUGACAUCUCUCCUCCUCAGAGAUUGUGGCUUGUUUGGAAAAUUUCCGGCAAGAAUUUUUGAGUUGCAAGACCUUGAAACUCUUGAUGUGAGAUCUAACCAAGAUCUCACUGGUUAUUUGCCUGAGUUUAAUCGAAGCAGUCGUCUCGUGUCGCUGAAGCUUGGCGGCAGUAGCAUUUCAGGAAACUUGUCUUCAAUCAGGAACCUUGAUUCAUUACAGGAGCUGGAUGUUAGGGCAUGCAACUUCAGUGGUCCAAUCCCUGAUUGGUUUGCUAACCUUACCCAACUGACAUAUUUGUCACUUUCUGAUAACAAUUUCAGUGGCGGUCCCUUGUCUUGGAUCGGGAAGCAAAACAAACUUACUUAUCUACACCUUGGAAACAUCAAUCUAAGUGGCUACAUCCCGUCUUCUCUUAGAAACCUCACACAGCUCUUUUAUCUUCAUCUUCGUUCGAAUCAACUAACUGGUCCAAUCCCAUCUUGGCUGGGUAAUCUUAGCAGGCUAGCUUACAUAGAUCUUUCCUAUAAUAGAUUGCGCAGUUCAAUUCCCGAGUCAAUAUUCAAUCUUAUGGAUCUCCAAAUCCUUUUUCUAGUGGAUAAUAGUCUGCAUGGUACAGUGGAUAUUUUUAAGCUAGAAAAUGUCACCCAUCUCCAACUAUCUGCUAACAAACUGGAAGUGCUCACUGAAUCUAGAACUAUGAAUGCAAGUCUUCCCAAUUUUAGAGUUCUCGGGUUGAGUUCCUGCAACAUAAAAGAGUUCCCACAAUUCCUAAGACAUGAACAAAACUUGUUCUGGUUGGACCUUUCUAGAAACAACUUGGCUGGCCAAGUGCCGAAAUGGAUGUUGAACAUAAGCACAGAAACUUUGGAGUUUCUGGACCUUUCUGUAAACUCCCUUACCGGUUUUGGUCAACCUUCGCCUGUUGUCCUUCCCUGGGUCAACCUACAAGUUUUACGACUCUAUCUUAACAUGCUACAAGGACCACUACCGAUACCCCAACCAAGCAUAUUAUUCUACACAAUUUCAGACAACAAGUUAACUGGGGAGAUUUCACCAUUGAUUUGUGAUCUGAGUGCUCUUCAGUUUCUUGAUUUGUCAAAUAACAAGUUGAGUGGCAUUCUUCCUCAGUGUCUUGGAUACUUCAGCGAUGAUCUACGAGUUUUAAAUGUUCGAAAUAAUUCUUUUCAUGGCGUUCUUCCUCAAGCAUACACCAACACAAGCAAUCUGAGGAUUUUUGAUGUUAGCCUUAACCAAUUGCAGGGGCAGUUGCCAAGGCCAUUGGCGAAUUGUGUGAUGCUUGAAUCUCUUAUUCUGUCAAACAAUGAAUUCCAUGAUGUUUUCCCCUUUUGGUUGGGGACUCUCUCAGAAUUGAAAGUUUUGUCAAUGCACCAUAACGGGUUCUAUGGUGUGAUUGGGAAACAAAAAAUGAAUCUUCAUUUCCCUGAGUUGCGCAUUCUUGAUCUGUCUGACAAUAAUUUCAGAGGCGAGUUUCCAUCUGAAUACAUCUUUUCUGGAAAUCCCAUGAGGGGUAUCACUCCAGACCAACCCACAUAUAUGGACACAAACUCAACAAGUAUUAAUUUCGCUGGUAUCUCAGGGGCUUUCAGGUAUGACUUCUCAAUCACAGUAACAAAUAAAGGUGUUGAUAGAUACUACUCAAAGAUUCGGGAAGACAUUGGGGUCGUUGAUAUCUCAAGCAACAAAUUUGAAGGGAAGAUUCCUGAAUUCAUUGGGAACCUAAAGGGCCUUCGCUUGCUCAAUGUUUCCAAUAACAUUCUCACUGGUAGCAUCCCAUCAUUCUUGGCCAACUUAACACUGCUCGAAUCGUUAGACCUUUCACAGAACAAGCUCUCAGGAGAGAUCCCACAACAACUUACGCAGCUUACAUUCCUUGGAAAAUUCAAUGUCUCUCACAAUAAUCUCACAGGUCCUAUACCAUAUAGAGGCCAACUUACUACAUUCGAUGUCACUUCAUAUGAGGGAAACCCGGGAUUGUGCGGAGAUGUGUUGCCAAAGAAAUGUGGAGAUCCUAAUGCUUCUCAACCGCCACCAUCAACCAAAGAAGAAAACGAUUCAGGCUCUGGAUUUGAACUUGAUUGGAAAUUUGCUUUGGCAGGAUUUGGAAGUGGGUUGGUAGUGGGAGUGGUGCUUGCGGAUGUAGCGAUCUCAAGGAGGCGUGAGUGGUUCCUUGAGAUUGUUGGAAGGAUCAGACUCAUAAUCAUGAAAAGGAGGAAGAGUAGGGGACCCAGAAACUCAGUUAAUUAG